AUGACUAUAACCUUUGGAUCAAUACAUCACCUCAGAGAUAGAAAUUUUUCUACAUGUUCCGUUGGAAUAACAGAAAGCGAAAUAUUGUGGAAAACCACAAAUGAAUCUGAUGUACGUAUAGUGAAUCAAAUUAGUUUCAAGCAUUUUAUUGGGGUUACGUCUUUGAAGAUAGCUCAUGAUAUGAAAUGGUGUGGUGAAGUUGUGAAGGCAUUUCGAAAAAAAGAUGAACAUAUGGAUUGUGGAUUCGUUAUUUGGAGUAUCAAACAAAGCAAGAAAUGUAGCUGGGGAGUUCGCAUCACCACGUUUUAUUGUGAAGAUGAGCAUCAUGCAUCUGAAUGGAUCGACUCUUUAAAUAACAGCUUAUUCAGUAUCGAUUCCUCUCGACCACGAAGUUUACUGGUUUUCAUCAACCCUUUUUGUGGAACGAAAAGGUCCCAACAAAUUUAUACGGACCAAGUAGCACCAUUACUUUGUCUCGCCAAAAUUCAAACGAAAGUUAUUGUCACAACACAUCGUGGUCAUAUAACAGAUCAUCUUGUUGAAAACACUUUGGAUUCGUAUGAUGGGGUAAUUUGUGUUGGUGGUGAUGGAUGUUUAGCAGAAGCUGUUCAAGGCGUAUUACUACACGAAAGACCCUGGAGAAAUCGAACUGAAAUCAAACUUAAACUUGGAGUUAUUCCUGCAGGAUCAACAGAUGCUGCUUGUUUUUCCAUUAAUGGCACUAAUGAUGUCGUGACUGCUGUUCUUCAUAUUAUUAUUGGUGAUGAUAUUGGUUUAGACGUAGUUUCUGUUCAUGCAGACGAAGAUGGGACAUUUAUUCGUUAUGCGCUUACCAUGCUGGGCUAUGGAUUUCAUGCUGAUCUUUUACGCAAUGAUGAUAAACUACGGUGGAUGGGUCCGCAUAGAUAUGAUUAUUCAGGUUUCAAGGCUUUCUUACAACAUACUUCUUAUUUUGGUGAGGUGUCUUUCUUACCGUGUUCUGAUCCUGACAAUAAGUCGUCCAAUGGUACUGUUUGCUAUUGUGGAUGUCCUGUUUGUAAUACAGAUUCGUAUAAAUUGGAUAUUGGUUCCAUGCCUAACAAUAAUGUACCGACUUUAACCACUACAAAUUGUAAUGGAUCUGGAUUUAGUUUACCUAUUGGAUCAUCAUUACAUAGUAGAAGUAGAAGCAGUACUGAUUUAUCUAGUACAACAUCUAGUUUAGAAAAUAGUGUUCAAUGUGUAACAAACUCACAGAAAAUAGUAGAUCAAUCGUCAAUGGAUUCUGAUCUAGGUCAAAGCAUAUCAUCUAACAGUGAUGGUCGUCAAAGCAACCUAACACGUUUGUCUGAUUUACAGAGUAGUGAGAAUUUUUUCAUCAAUUCAGUCCAUAUGAAUUCGUGUAACGUUGUGUCACACAAAGAUGGUAGUAUUUCUCACAGUGGACUUGAACAACUAGACUCUAUCUCAUUACCAGAUUGUGUUUCAAAAAGUGUAAAACAUGGUUGGCAUACUAUCCGGAGUAGCUUUCUUGCGGUAAAUGCUUGUAUUCAAAGUUGUCGAUGUGCUCGAGCUAUUUGUGGUCCUGCUCCUUGGGCUCAUUUAGGUGAUGGUUGUUUAGAUUUGAUUCUAGUCCGCAAAUGCUCACAAAUUCAGUUCCUUGGAUACCUUAUGCGUAUAGCUAAUAAUCAUCAUAUGACAUCUGAUGAGAAUCCUUUCAAUUUUCCUUUCAUUACUGUUCAAAAAGUGCGUGCUUUUCGAUUCGUCGCACUGGAUAGCCAUUCAGCGCAGCAUUUAAACAACACACAAGAGUAUUCAGAUGGUAAACAGGUUAAUUUUGACAAACUUCAGAAUAAUAAACGCAAGCUUACUCAGUCGGUUACAGAAUCAUCUUCUUAUCCAUGUGUUUCGACUAUAAAGUCACCCUUCCCUUCAGUAUGUAAUGUAAAUCGAAAGAAAACAUCUAUUUGGUGCUGUGAUGGUGAAUUAAUUCCCAAAUCAAAUAUUAUAUGCUUUUGAAUAUAAAUUAGUCUGAAUUGUAUAGGGAGGGACAUAGUUACUUUGUGGUUUGGAGGCUACACAAUAACCGGAACUAGGUGGAUUAUUGAAAGCUGUUGGGUAUGAUCAAAGUAUAUCCGAAGCAUUCAUAUGUUUUCAUUUUCUGAGUUGUUAUUAUCAUAUUUCGUUAUUUGUUAUAGUUCCUCUCUUUUUCUUAUGGUUUUUUGAAACCUCUGAUUAUAUCAUUUUUAGAAUUUCUCUCUUUCUUUUAUAUCUUCUUUUGUGUGUUGGUGUGAUGACGUAAGACGUGUUACUAGCUAACUUACAUGAAUGAAUUCAUUUAUGUGUCUGUUGGUAAAUUUACAUUUUUUUCAAAUGAAUGUUUCAAUACUACUUUCAACUAUAGUUAGGAUGAUUUGUAUGUCCAUCUAGCUGAUCAGUUGUGAAUAGUACAAAACUCAUUUACUAGCUGCCUGUACUAUUCACUUGUAAAUUGUAUCGUCAAGUUCUUUUACGUUUUUCGAUAUGUCUAAAUUGAUUCUCAAAAAUGUCACUUUACACUGGUCAACAAUUAACGGCACAAUCAUUUUUAGAACAAAACUACCAGUAAUAAAGUAAUCUUUUGUGUGAUUCUGAUAUGUGUUUGUUUUUAUUUACAUAUGGGUUAGAUCAUGCAGUACUGUCUGGUUUACUCGAUAAAGAGGGAUUGGUUAAGAUUUUUGGGAUGAGAUAUCCAUUUAGCCCUAAGCCCAGUAUUACAUUAUUUUUUCUUGUUGAGCCUGACGUCGUGUUUGGUCUUGGAUAUCACAGUAGUUCAACGAACUACCCUGGCUGGAAUGCUUAUUCCUCAAGGCCCCACCAUGCCAGAAAUGUCUGCUGGAUAGUGGUAAGACGAAAAACAGUCAGACUGUGAUAGAGAGAGGGUGGAUCAUAGAACGAAGUCUUACUGCUGGCUGGCUGGGUUGGGACAGCCAGUAGUACAGUGCUCAUGCUGCUUUUCCUAUGAACAGGGGUUGGAGAAAACUGGUCACAGAAAUGGCACCCUCCCUCCUUUAUCCUGAGGUCUUCCGGCGGCGGAGGUAUAGGUUUUUCCUAUCUGACACUGACGCAAUCAUUCGCAUAUCAGCAAUCAUUAAAAGAUUUUUCAAGUCGGUAUUCAUCAUGGUCUGACAUCAAUUGGAGGAACAUUGGGAACCUGGGAACACUGGAAAGCCGUUUCGUCCUAGUAUGGGACUUCUCAGCAGUGUCCACCCACUACCCCUCCAGAUAUCGAACACGUGACCAGCACGUUAUCAUUCAGCCGCUAGGUCGGAAUUCAAUGGUUCAUAUUUCCAACUUCUGUCAGUUCACGACAUAGCGCGGCCGCCACCUCAUAGCCUUAACAGGACUAGAUUCAUCAGUCUAAUCCAAUUAACUGUGAAUUGAUGGAAAAAAGAGGAUUAAUUUAUGAAUGAUAAAUAAAUUGUGAAACCAUAGUAACCUUUAAAGGACAAUUCUUUG